AUGAAGUUGUGGGUCGCUAGAGGACUAGAUUGGGUCCCCACUGUGAUCUCGGGGUGGGGUAAGACGAAAUACCUGCAGAUGACCAACAUUGGCGACCGGGAGAUCAUACUGCCCACCCACACUAUAUUAGGCAUGUGGGUCGAAGGCGAUAUGGUACCGCGGACCCAAGAGGCUACAACGGAUCGAGUGAACGAACUCCCGAAAGAACCGAUCGGACCAUUGGUAGAUCGUCCUACGUAUGCCGCUCCCAAACGCAUCUUGAAACGUCCGUCUGAUGCGUUACAGAACCUGUCUCCGGCGAUCUCCACGGUGACGCCGCAAGCUAACGAUGACGAUUCGCAAAAGGCAGAUGCUGUAGUUGCGAGGGAAGUAACGGUCAGGGGAGCCGAACUAUCGCGGAUGGAGAACGGUCAUGAGAUCGGUACCCAACAUGCAAUGAAGGGAGACCGCGACACCGGUCAAGAAGGGCUACGUGACAGAUCGUCUCUACCGAAGGCUGAGCCGACUGACCGACUGUUGAAAUUGGGCCAGCCGGAAGAGACGAAGAUGCCUAAAGAAGAAAUAAUGCUAAAUACUGAAGACGUCGAGAUUGCAGAAAUACCAGUUUAUCACCACGAGAGCGGAGAUUUGUUUGCGGAUGAUAUCAAGCAGCAUAUGGCCGUGCUACCAGAGAUGUCGGCGACUACGGAAGAAGUUACGAUUGAGGACAUUCAGAUCGGUGAUCCCGAUGUGCCUCUCACCACAGAUCAACAACGGCUCAGAUCGCUGAUCUGGAAGAGCCGUCACCUCCUCAUGGGUAAAGGUAAUGCUCUACCACCAGCAGCACGAGGCGCAAUCUGUGAUAUUGAUGUCGGUGGGGCAGCACCGAUAGCGCAAAGAGUGCGUCCGGUCGCACCCAAUUAUCGGGAGAAGCUGUCAGAUCUCAUCAAAGGACUAUUAGCAGCCAAAAUCGUUCAGCCAUCCACGUCACCUUGGGCGUCUCCGAUAGUGGUGAUCAUCAAGAAGAACGGAGUGGAUAUUCGCCUUUGCAUUGAUUAUCGAAGAGUUAAGCAGCUGACGCGUCUGAUGGUUUAUCCCAUGCCGUUGAUCAGCGAUCUGUUGGAAGAUCUGGAUAAAGCUCUAUGGUACUGUUCGCUAGACAUGGCUAGUGGAUUUUGGGUCGUCGAAAUGACCGAACGAGCAAAACUGAUCUCAGCGUUUGUCACACCGUUUGGUUUGUUCGAGUGGCUGCGAAUGCCUUUUGGGCUUAAGAACGCGCCCUUGAUCUACUAA